AUGGACAACUGCACCAGCGUCACCCCAGCCUGCCCCGUCUCCGGCACCACGCUGGGCUACUCCCCCAACCUCGCCGGCAACCUCAUCCUCCUCAUCGUCUUCGCCGUCUGCGGUCUCGCCCAACUAUGGCUCGGCGUCCGCUACAAGGUGCGCCUCUACACAACCCUCGUCUUCCUCGGGUGCGCAGGCGAGGUCGUCGGCUAUAUCGGCCGUCUAAUGCUGCACUCGAACCCCUGGAGCAACGGCGGCGUCAUCAUCCAGACCCUGCUGCUCAUCGUCUCGCCUUCCUUCCUAGCCGCCGCUCUUUACCUCACCGUCAAAACUGUCGUUCUGCACACUGGCCCGCAAUUCUCGAUCCUCAAUCCAAAGCUCUACACCUGGCUCUUCAUCAUCUGGCUGCAGGCGACGGCCGCGAACGGCAAGGGGUCUGAGAGUACGGUCAGGACGGGGACGGAUAUCAUGAUUGCGGGCAUUGCGUUCCAGGCUGCGACCAUGGCGGUUUGUGGGAUUCUGACGAUCGACUUUGCGAGGAGGGUGUAUCGGCACCGCCGCCAGCACGGGGCGUACCCGAGGUCGCUCUCGUUAUCAGAGCGGCGGGUCAACCGCAAGGAGUUUGUCUUCUUUGUGUCCUGCAACGUGGUUGCCUUGACCGCGAACUUGAUCCGAUGCAUUUACAGAAUCCCAGAAAUGGCCGGUGGAUGGGGAAACCCGAUGAUGCAGGACGAGGCCAAGUUCAUGGUUCUGGACGGAACUAUGGUUUCCAUCGGCGCGAUCCUAAUGACUGUUGCAUUUCCCGGCGCUUAUUUCCCCUCCAUCAGCAGCCGUGCUAUUCGUCAACAUCAGAAGACCAGCAGCUUUGUCACGGAGGAGGGACUACAGUUGGCGCCUGGUGUAGGAGAGUCUGGCAGGCCGUAG